GCGGCUAAAUACACUCCGCAAAAGGGCGAAAUAAUGCAACGGUACAGUACUUCUUUAUUGAUCAUGCAUAUACAUUAUUCUGUGCCUGGCAAUUUCUUCCGAUUUAUCAUUUACGCAUUAGAACAGAGAAUUACGCCUUAUCAAUCACUGCCUCCCUUUCCGAUGCGAUAUGUAACAGGGUCAUGAUGGACAAUUCACAGCUUGACCGAAUGAGAUCUGUAGGCACAUAUAUAAACAGGUCUUCUCGACCUAGAGUUCGCCCCGUCAUCCUAUCCAUAACAAUGCUACUCUGAACAAUCAUCAAUACGUCCAACUUACUACCCUCACACAAUGAUCGACGAAGAGCGAAGGCCUCUGUUAGGCGGCGAAGGCCAGACUGAUAAUCAAACAGACAACAACAAGGUCCAUUCAAAUCAAACUUUUUCGGACAAAUUUCGUGAAAGAUGGCCGAUCGCAAAGCUGCUGAUUGUCGCGCUUAUGAUGUUCAUUUCCAGCAGUGCUAUCUUUCCUGCUUUGAUUCAAUUGGUACGAUCGUUCGCAUGCGCAGAAUAUUACGAACAACAUCCACAUUCGGCCAUUAUGCAAAGCCUCGUUUCGUUCAAAAAUGAUCCGGUUGAUCUUUGCGAUAUAGAUGAAGUGGAAAGGAGAAGUGCUUCGAUCUUGACAUUCAUUCAGAUCAUCGGAAGUUUAAUGGCAACAAUUUCGCUCUUUAUCUUACAGCCCAAAUUACGCAAAUGGGGUAAAAAGACAAUCUUUUUGAUCAGUAUUGCAAUCUUACUGUUUGAUCGAGUUCCAGCACUCUUUCUUCCGAUUGGCUAUCCUUUCCGAUCUCCUGACGAUCCAAUGCCAAUCUCUUCUACAACUUCGUUCCGUAUAUUUAUCGGAUUAUGCAUGCUCGGUAAUUCGAUGGGCAGCGAAUUCGUUGGUUUGUUCUGUAUGCGAUUGUUUGUCACAGAGGCAUCUUCGACAGGCAAUAAGACGCAGGGAUUACUCGGGAUCGCGCAGAUGAACAUCAUCUCGAUCACCAUUGGUCCAGCUUUGACGGCUUGGCUAGGGACUCUCAUCCCAUUCUCAUCAUCAACCUUUCUCAAAUUGUUCACACUUUUUCGACAUACACAUGACGAUCAAGAAAGGCAGCCCACCUUGCCAGGACCACCUACACAUGGACCAAUUCCACCAGUACCACCAGCGGCCAAGAUAGAGAAUGUCUCCCCGUACUUGAUUUCUACGAUUACAAUCCUUUUGACUCUCGUUAUUGCUUACAUUCUCCUGCCGGCCGAUCACCGUGAAGACGAAAUAGAGGAAUCCGCUUCAGACGAUCAUACCAACAAAACCAAAGUACGUGAACCGUUUUAUUGGCGUUUGUGGCCGCGGAAAGAUAUUGAUGGUAAACGUGAUUGGCGUAUCUUGAAGGUUGUUCUUGUUGCAAUGUUACACAUGGGCAGCGCAUAUACGAUCAACAUUUAUAUCACCUUUUUCGGGCAUUCAUUCCAUUGGGGACCAGAGAGUGUUUCGCUGAUUCUUUCUUGGCUUGGAAUAGCAAGGUUGUUUUCCUUGUUCAUCGUCACGCCUUUUUUGAUUGCUUACCUCGAACGAGUUGUUCAAAAGCCAGCACCGAUUCAACAUUUGAAGUUGGAGGAGAUCAAAGCGAUUGCAAAAGAAGCACCGGUAGAUGAACCACCGGUUGAAUCAGCUUCUGAGUUUCGACCUAGGGAAACUUAUGGCUCAACCUCAGAAGAGGAAGAAGACAACACAACUUCGCAUACGAUUCGUGGAGCAGUGGUCACUUGGCGUGCAUUGGUGGAUAGAAGUGUAUUGAAGCUUUCAUGGUGCUUUGAUAUUUCUGGUUGGGCAUUAUGUGCAAUCUUUACGGUGUUUGGAAGUGCAUCACUGCUGCUCUUGAGUGCUGCUGUUGUUGCUUUAGGUGCACCUGCUCAAGCUGUUCGACAAGCUGUGGAUUUGGUGAUCGUUGGUGACGUUCUUGCAAGGACGGCUGAACAUCCUCAUCAACGCAUUGAAGGAGAAACAGGAAUUGAAGAAGAUCAACAAGUGGCACACUCAAAUGCACAAGCAGAUGAAAUAUACUUUUCACUCUCGUCCAUUUUUGAAUCAACGAUUACCUUUAUCGGCCCGAUCUUUUCAACAUACGUCUACAAUCGUACUUUGACCACUUUUCCCGCUGCGAAUUGGUUAACGGCUGUAGUGAUGUAUACGAUUGCAUUCAUUUUGCAUUUCAGUAUCCCUCUUCAUGUUCGAUCUACAAUUCGAAACGCAUGAGAAGUGCAUAUUUAUUUGUAUUGUACAACACUUUUAUUAUAUACCCUGCCUGCUCUUCGUCAUGCUGUGUUUAUAAGGGUUAGAUGUGAUCUUAUUCCAAACUGUGCACGAUCCUCUUUCCAACAAGAUCAGCGAGAGAGAGAGAGGGUGUGAUUUGAAUGACGAAAAUCCUAUAAGAGCACGUCACAAAGGGGCAAACAAAGUGCUCUAUAUGUGCAAUCUUUGAUUAGAUCCCAAUCGUUCCUAAUGCUGUACACCAAGUGUGCUCUAGGGUGUGGAGGCUUGAUUGAUAAAAAUGAAAAGCCAGGACGGCCAAAGUGCGCGUGAAAUGAAAGAAUGACCCGGUUAGAUCGCUUUUGUGCGUUUGGAGUUUUUCAAACAAGCAAAGUGCUUGAGUG